AAUGUAAGUCUGUCGAGUGUAAUGAUCGAGAAUGAAAUAUACUAAAUUAGAAAUAUUGGCAUGGCUAGACAUCAUGGAUAAACAAACAGCAACAUGACAUUGCAAUUAUGGCAUUAAAUUUGGAAGAAAACUUUCACAAAGUUCUGAGUCAUCUUUUACUCUCAGGAUCGAAUAAUGUUGAAAAUAUCGCGCAUUCAUUGCUCACAUCUCGGACUUUAACAACCGAAGAGUUUCAUCAGAUCAAGGCUGAGAAUUCUACUAAAGGAAAAGCUGAAAUCAUCUUGAAAACUGUCAUCACAGAGCAGAGAAGCUCAGCUUUCCUACAAUGCUUUGAGAAGUGUUCGCCUGAUGCAGCGAGGGUCCUCAUGUCUCAGUUAUCAAAUGAAUCACGGAGGUCAGAGGUCAUUGGAGAGGUCGAUACGGGUCGGUUGUUACAGAACUUAGAAACGCUAUCAUGUGAACGAGAUUUAUUGAACGAAGAAUUCAAAACAAUGUCAAAUAAACUCGACCAAGUUUCUGAACAACUGGCUCAGUCUAAGGCCGAAUCAGACCACCUGAUGCGUCAAAAUGCGAGCGAUCAGCAAGAACUUGCGAUGUUGCGUCGCAACCUCCUAGUGGGAGGGGGAGGUGGCCCGAUACUGCACAAGAUGUACGAGACUAUGCUAGGAAGGUAUGAAGACUUGAAAACUCACCAUGAUGGACUCCAGCAAACUUUGACCCAGGAAGCCAAAUCAAGGAAGGAAACUCAGAAUCAACUUGAUGCCUACGUUGCUGAAUUAAGUGAUGCAAGAAUGAGAUGUAAUAAUAUAGUGAGUGAUCAUGAACUUCUCUCCCGGAAAUUUCAAAGUCUGAAUGAGAAGAAUGACAUGUUGCAGCGAGAUCUUCAUAGAGUGAGGGAGGAGCGUACGUUAGUCAAGCGAGAGUAUGCAUUGGUGAUGAGCGAACGUGAUGCCGUACAUAAGGAGAUUCAGAAACUUACUGACGAUAUAAGUGAUGUCAACAGACAAUUAGCUGAAAGCACGACAUCGGCAACCAGCCAACUUGCCCUUCGGGAAGAAUUAUUCGUUGCUCAGCGAGAACGGAAGCAAGCCUGACAAUACGAAGCGCAGUUACAUGAAGCGUACACCGCUCGGAAAGCCCAAGAACUUGCGAAUGAUACAAUAGUGAAACUGAGGGCCGAAAACGAGGCCCUGAGCGCUAAGAUUGAAGCUUUGAACGGGGAAUUAAGAGACGCAAAUAACGAAGCCAGAGAUGCCACAAGAAAUCGAGACAUGGCGUUCGGUGAGCGGGAAAAAAUGAGAUGUGAGAGGGACGAGAUUAAGAAGACAUAUGAUCAACUUGCGGAGGAAAGAGAAAGAAUAAUGAAACAAUUAGAAGCCGAGAUAAAGGAACACGACAUCACCAAAGAAUUGAAGAAAAAUGUUUCAAAAGAAUUGAGAGAACUGAAGCCUCGGAGAGUUGGGAUACGCGGAUCAACUACUGGAAGCAAACGAGAUAAUACAGACAGUCACGAUUCCGCUAUCGAUGCGGGGGAAUGGGGGCAGCGAAGAAAUCUCAACACUCGAGGGGGUGGGCAUGUCAAGAAGGCUGACGAACAUUUCAGUAUCAGUUUGCCACGACAACCUGACAUAAACUUAGAUACAGGAUUAUUUGUGACGCGAAGUGCGUGUCGUGGAAUUACGAUCGGUGAUAGAGUCGUUUCGAUAAAUGAUAACAUCGGUGGACGCUGGAAAUGCAUCGCAGUUGCAACGACUCAUCCCCGAAUUCUGCAAAUUCCCUGCAAGAUCAAGGUCAUGAGGUCAAGUUCACCCCUUCCACUGACGAGCGAUUCUCAAGGCAGUCGUAACAAUAACUUAAGUUUGAAUGGAGACUAUAGCCGACCAAACGAGUCUCAAAGCAGCCGUGACCAUACCCAUGAAAACAGUCUGAAUGGAGACUAUGGUCCAUCCUCUGUUGACUCGGCAGUUUUCGCUUCAAGACCAAAUGCCGAGUCGGGUGUUUUUGCCCAGCAACAAAACAAUGAUUCAGCAAUAUUUGCAGAGCAACCUAACGCUGACUCAACAGUUUAUACAUCCAGGCAAAACAUAUUAAACAAACAAAUCUCAACUGCCGAUGCCGAGUGCCAAACUUCUCAAACGCUGAGAAUGAAAAGUAGAAAGAGCCUGUCGAAUCCUGUUGAGGAUUUCUGGUCCACCGAAGACACAAUCACACCGAUGAGGAACGCACAGCACGCUAACACACCGAGUAACUGCAUGUCAUCUGGAGGCGAAUCACAUCAAAGUGCUUCAACCUACUCGGAGUCAAACCACUCUGCUCAAGCCUCAAUUCUUCCUCGUCAAUUAUCUCAGAAAUCUAGCGAUUCUAAUGUCAGUGUGCAACGAAGUUCAUCUGCCAAGAGAGAGAAAAAGAAACCUAAGGCUUCAAGAAUUUGGUCAAAGAUCAAGAAACCGAAGAAUCAGAAUUCGACUUCAAACAAAAGUUCAUCAGGAGGGACCUGGCCCAGACUGGAAUCCCCCCCUAUAACACCGUUUGGGGGACGUUUGUCAGUUUUUACAAAGAAGAAACCCAGGCCUACGUUAUCGCCCACUACCUUCACCCCCCCUCCCUCAGGAAUGGAUAACGCAGGUCGGACACCUCCCACUGUAGCUCGUGGUAGCGCUGUACAACCCAAUCCAACAGACAACACGCCUAGAUUGUUUGAAGAUAUCCAGCCAGGGACUCUGUUCAACAUUGCAUCGAGAAACCUAAACAAAAGACCUCGACCAGUAUCUGUUCCAAUUGAUAGCGGCCAACCUUUGACACUGUGGAAAGAACAAAAUGUUUCAAACAAUAACAACUCAUUGUCACCACGGCGACCAAACACUCCAAGAAAUCCUUUAUUACCUGAAACAUUCCACGAAUCAGGGACCAUUGCCAGUGAACCGUCACCUGAUUCAUCUUCAAUAUCGACCAAUCAGAGUGAGCGAUUAAAAUUGUUCAACCAAUCAGGGACUGAGAAUCAAUUCAACGUGACCACUGUUCAACCAACCGUGACAAGACAUCCGAGGCCUCACACCUUUUUUUCAGAAAGGCCUCCUGGUUUCAUUCGACAGCAAUCAGUUCCUCCCACUCCAACUACAGAACAGGUUUUGGCCCUUUCAGAGGUAAUAUCACCACGGCAACCAUUUUCAAGAGUUCAAAGGUCAAGGGUCGUGACCUCACCAACAAACAAUCUACAGCCAAGAAGCGUCAGGUCACUCCCCAGGCCGACUAGUGCAAGGCCUGCGACGUCGCGUACCAGUUCACAUCAAAGUAUCGAAACGCAUCAUCAAUACCGGACAAAAUCCGUGGAUUACAAACGGAUUCGAAUCCCAUCACAGACUUCAAUCGGAAUGAAACUAAGCGGAUCUGAGAAAGGUUCCAUCAACCUGUCAGAUCGCUCGACUCCUAAUAUAUUCAAUCAUCGAUCACACUCCCCUGCCACGCCUCUGCUACACUCCCCUGCCACACCCCUUUUACGUUCACAGCCAAGUUCUCUGCAAUAUGCUGCUACACCUCCACCCCACCCUAUUACCAUGACUUCAUUUUCAUCUCUGGCGACGCCCACAUUCCAUCCUUCGAGCACGCCCCUAAUUCCAUCCCCUGCCACACCCCUACCACCCGCCUCAUCUCUCCUCAUGGACUCUCCUGUUCCUCCUUUCCCCGGAUCUACCGUUAGUUCUCUAUCAAGUAUUUCUGGGGCUUCGGCCAGAGGAAGAAGACAAAAUCGUGCCGAUAAAAUGCGAAUGCGUAAAACAGCUCAGGUUUUGUGGAGGCCACCAGUGACUACUGAUCCGCGACUAGUCAGAAUGACUAAAGGAACCGAUCCGAUUGGUAUAUCAAUUGUUGGGGGCGGAGAAAAGGGUGGGAUCUUCGUGUCACGCAUCACUGAAGAUAGCCUUGCUGCAAGAGCUGGGCUGGAGUACGGAGAUCAGUUACUAGAGUACAACGGCAUCAACCUCCGAUGUGCCAAUGAAGAGUUGGGCAGAGUAAUCAUGAGUCAGAGCCAGCCUGGAGAUAACAUUGAGUUCUUGGCCCAGUAUAAUCUGGAAAAAUACAAGUCCAGUAUUGAGAGCAAUCUCUCAGAUAGUCUCGGUUUUAUGAAAGUUACUAAGCAACCACGUAACUCAGCACUGACACCUUGUGAAGACAAUGAAGGCACUAUGACCCCUGGAACAACUCCAAGGUCAAGUCCAUAUGUCGAAGAGUCAAUCAGAGCUCAACCGAUCGGACAGCCUCGAUAUAUCUUCGUGACGGGGAACUGUGGUCAUGUAACUUUAGUGGGAGGAAAUCGAUCCGGGAUUUUUAUCGCUGCUGUUGGAGAUGGAGAGAAUACAAAUGAUUUGAAGAUUGGGGACCAACUUUUAGAGUAUAAUAGCACUGAUCUUCGGAGUUCUACACUUGAACGAGCAUCCUUACUGAUCUCAAAACCAACUGUGAAUUCUUCUCUCUCCGUUUAUUACAAUUCAGUUGGAUUUUCAAAACUCUCAAUGGAACCAGGAGAUUUCUUCUAUGUGAGAGCAUUAUUUGACAACAAUGCUGUUGAACCACCAUCAGGGAAUCUUCAUUUCACUCGGAAUUCGAUUCUACUCGUCGAUGACACUUAUCUUGACCACACGAUGGGGUCAUGGAGUGCUUGGCUAGUCGAUGAGCAUGGAGAGAAAACCGUGCAUGGUAAAAUACCCAGCAAAUUCAUGGUUGAAAGAGAGAGCAGCGGUCUGCAUCGUGAUUUCGAUGACUCGGCAUCUUGUGCGGGGAGUACGGCCGGAAAAAAGUUGGGGGGAACGGGGAGAAGAAGCUUCUUCAAGCGUCGAAAGCCGCAUAGGCAUUCUUCACGGUCCAGUGGUGAUAUCAAACUUCAUAAAUCAGUUUCUGAGACGAGUAUCGAAUCUACAGAAACAAGUUUUGAACACUCGGGGGCAGCAUAUCAAGUUGUAACAAAGCACGUCUGCGAGCAUCGUCGUCCGGUCGUAGUGUUCGGACCUCAUGCCAACACUGUCUGUGAACGACUGGUGAAAGAAUACGGAAACAGUUUUGCAAAAUGUGCCCUCGAUUCUCUCCCCAGCAACGUAGACAUCCAUGACAAAGAGUUGAUCGACACUUUCAAACAAAACACUGUGGCUCUGAGAGUGGAUACUUUGAUUCAAGAGAUGCAGCAGCACCGCCAUGUUCUGCUUGAGAUAUCCCAAGACGCGGUUGACCGACUUCAUUCUCACAAGAUUUAUCCGAUUAUUGUCUUCAUUGAAUACAACAACGCCAAGAAAAUCAAAGAGAGUCAGGAUCGUUUCCCAGGCCGUGAGAAAAUCUCGAUGAAGCAAAGUAAAGAAAUAUUCGAACGAGCGAAUUCUAUCAGAAAGAAAUUGAGCACAAAGUAUCUCGGAACUGUUUACAUUCAUGGCGGAUCCUCCAACACUGUAGCCAAGCAGAUCCACACUGUAGUUGACAGAGAACAAAGCAAAGUGUUAUGGCUUCCUGCGUCACAUGACCUGCUGAAUUACUGAAACGUGCGAGAUAGAGAUCGUUGAUACCCUGAUCGAGAUUGUUUAUCAAACCAUGAUUUGCAAAAUUUUUUUAUGUUACGAAAUAUCAAUCCAUUCAUUAAAAUGACUUCUCAUCUGCUUGGCAUAAAAUGAACAUACCCAAUUUCAUUCAUUUUUAUUAGAUCAGGUUGAAGUAUUUGCAUCAUAGAAAGUAAAUGCCCCAUAUGCUUGAAAAAUUUGAAAAUCAAUGAAAAAAAGAGUUACGUAACCCCCUGGUAGUUUGAACUGGUAAAAAGCCAACGUUAAAGUUGGUAAAUGUGUUUAACUGAAUUUUUUUUAUUCCUACCAGUGUGUUGAGCUAAGACCUGAACCCCAGUCCGAACCCAACCCGACCCGAAAUUCCGGCGGGGUCGUGCCUGAAAUGUCAAUCAUUACGUUCGGGUCAGGUCAGGCUUCUUUAUCGCUGACUUUUUUUUCAAAUGAGGCGUUUCGGCCAUGUUUUGGCCACAAGAGACGGUGGUCUGCAAAAAAACAAAAGUUGCCUCAUCAACACGACUCAUACUGUACUAAACUCUUGCAAUGACAAUUCAAUGAACUUCUAAAUGAAAUACGAAAUUCGGAGUUUGCUUCGGGCUCAUGCCUGCAAAUCCUGUUAAUUAAUCGGGCUCGGGUCGAGUUUAAUACCCACGGGCCUCUGUCGGGCCGAGCUGAAAUUUUGGGCCCGAUCUUACCUCUACCAGUGUGCCACUUGAAAUAGAUGACAGAGCAAUAUGCUGUUUUGCAUGUUAUAGACUGAUUGCCACCACUCGCUGUAAACUGCUGUAUUUGAAUGUCAUGCUUUGUUUACUUUUAAUUUCUUAACUUCUUAAAGUAUUCAUAUAUUUUUCUUGUUGGUGCUAACAUUUUGAAAAAUAAUUUUCUGUGAAAUCGUUUCUUCUAUUUUCUUAUGAAAUAUUUUUGCCACCGUAAUCAGGUGCUGAUCUUUUCUAUUAUUCAAUUUAGGGAUGUCCAACGUAUCGUUUUGCUCGACUUUAUUCUGCAGCCUUUCCUCAUCUUUAUUCUGAACAAAGUUCUUGUCAAGCAUGAUUUAAGAGUCUUGCUGCAAAAAUACUUACUUGCAUUGUGUGAGGAAUGACUUUGUGCAUAAUACAAACAUGCUAUAGCAGAAGUAUAAUAUUAAUAGUAUCAAUGUAUAGGGUUUCCAUUGAGUCUGAAAAUUUUUUAAAAUUGCGAAGGAAAUUUAUUGAUACUGUAUAUUGUUUUGGCCCUCACAGAUUUAUUAAAUGAAGUAAAAUUACUUGAAACAAUUACUGAUUUAAAAACAAUAUACCUGGUUAAGUUAUAUUGAGAACUGACUUCAUAACAAAUCCCCCGUAUUUUUGUAAUGUUAGUUAGGUACUGGCAUUCAAAAUCUUAAUCAACUGUGAGUUAGGUCAUGCAGACUAACACUCCUCUUCUAUGCUUUUGCUUUGGUAGAUCCGUAUACUUAUGAUGCAAGAAUGCUGUAGCAAGAGUGAAGAUGACUCUUCUAAUUAAUGUAAAAUUCAUCGAAAAGUCACAGAAAUACAUUUGUGAUGUGCGCAAGACUUAGGAAUAGUCAUACUUGUUAUUAAUACAGAUUCCUUGCGAUACGGAUCAAUCAAUGCAAAAGCAGAGUAAAGUAGUUUGUCCUACAGAAACAAGAAUCUUGAAAACAUAAAUCAAAAUUUUUCAUCAACUUCGAGAUUUUGGAUCAUUGACUGACUUUUCUGAGCACUCCAGAAGUGUGUGUACCAAUAUGGAGGUAACUAGUUUUGUUUGCCUACUUUACAUCAAGUUGUGUAAAAGGAUGGAAACCUAUAAGCAGGGGGAUAUACACUUGGCUAACACAGACAGCCCCUGAACUCGUGAUUGAACUAAAAUAAGAAAAACCAGUAUUAAUUGAUGGCCUAACCUGAUAGACAUAUUACGGCAGUACCCUUUUCUGUCCCUUAGUGGUCGUCUGCAACCCCAGUGCAUCACAAUUGGGCAUCCCUAUUUGCUUCCUAUAAGUUUCAUAUAUUUAACUGUUAUUCUACUGUUACUGUUUUAUUGUUGCCUUCCAUUCCUAUUAUGGUUUUAUGUUUCUGCAAAGCCUAUUUGCUGCCCACUCUGCAUGAGGCUACCAGCAAGUCAGCUCUUAUCUUGAUUAUCAUUCCUGUUUAAGAGCUUUCUGCAUAGCAUAUAAAAUGGUCGCUCUGCAUAAGGCUUUAAACGAGUUACAGUUCACAUUGAUGGAAAUUACCUUUUCUUUUGUUCUACACCGUUACCUUCAGAAUAUUGUCUCUUAGCGGAAUGGUGCUUAAUCCAGUGGUCCCAACCUUUUAUGGCUUGUGACUUUUAUCACUUAUGUCCCCAUGUUUAUCAUUUAUAAUGUUGUUUUGAUUGGUAGAUUCCGAAUCCCAUUAUGUUCUAACAAUUUAAGCUCAGCAAAGUGAAGACUAUGUGUGGAAUAACCUUAUCAAGUAAUGAAACCAGGAAGAAUGAGUAGUUUUCUUGAAAACAUAGCUUUGUUGGCCCCAUUAGGGAGCCACCCACCCUCAGCUGGGAAUUGCUGCUUUAUUCAGUGUUCAUAGUUUUUGAAUUUAUGGAUCAUUAGAACAAUUUUUUCUGAAAAUUUGCUUUUUACCAUGCGAUGGCCAAAUGAAAAAGAGUCCCGACUAUCAGUGGAGGUUGUGCGAGACCAACUUUCACUCUUUUCUCAUAGCUUUGCGCUAGUGGAUCUGUGUUCAUGUUCUGUAAUUUUAUUUUGGUGGUUGCCCUAUCUUUGCCCUCAUGUAAUGAACAGCUGGGUCCAGCAGCUUUUGGCAUUCUUCCAUAACUUUGCUCAGAAAUAAGUCAUGUCGUGGCAUGUCUAGUUGGGGGCCAAAGAGGCAGUCACCCAGGGCAGCACGUUAUAGCAGAAAUGGGCAAACUACGGCCCGCAGGCCAAAUUCGGCCCAUUGGGUCAUUUAAUCUGGCCCACCUGCUGCUCCCACAACCAAACUGAAAUCAAAUUUUGAUGUUUUAGCUUCACAUUUUGCUUUUGUAACACUGAAAAUAUUGUUCAUAAAAUGUAACUUUUUACUUCUCGCUUACAUGACCCGCCAGUCUAGGUGAGCAAAAUGUUUGACUCCUGGUUCAAAAACCUUGCUCACCUCUGUGUUAUAGGGCUGGGUUUGUUGCUUAGUUCGAUUUAAAUAAUAAUAAUACAAAUAUUUCACUCAUCCGUGACCUUCAAUUUAUUAAUUCUCAUGUAUAACAACCUCUAGAAUUAGUUUAUUCCCACAAUAUUUCAAUAUAGUUUCAGCAGUUUUUGUCAUUCCAGUUACCGUCGUGACUUGGCAGGUUGGUCAGUCUCAUUGUGCCUAAAUGAGAGCGUAAAACACCUCCAAAAUUCUGUAAUAAUAUCUCACGGCAGUUUAGUAGUCACUUAUACCUACACUUUCAUUAUGUCUGAAGUUUUUUUUUUUAAAUCGCUCCACUAACUUCAAUAUUUUACACGCCUCCAGAUAUCAGCUAUCCUUCUGCAGUUUUCUGAAGUUUUGAUUUGUGUCUUACAGCAAUUUCGAAGGCUUUCGAUUGUUCGAUAAUGUCUUCUAAAGGCUUAAAUUAGCCGGCUUUGGCGAGCAAUUCAAUUUGGAGGCGUGUUCUAUUGACGCAUCAAGUUCCUAUUUUAUCUUUGGAUCAUUCUUAAAACCUAUUUUGCUUGCGAAUUACUGCAAAAUUUCUGUAAAUGUUACUGUUUAUUUAAUUGUGAUACUGUGAAGUAAACUGUGGACCAUGACUAAA